AUGCACCACGAGGAGGAGAAUUCUGGAAAACUGGAAAAUUCCUCUUUAAAUGAUACAAAGUAUGUGUUGAAUCCCACGAAGUUGUCCAGACCUAUCGAUGGAUCGUUGUACAUCCCCUGUAUAGUAGGCCUAAAUAACAUUAAAGCCAACGAUUACUGUAAUGCAGUGCUGCAGGCUUUGACUCUUGUUAAUCCGCUUCGGAAUGACUUCUCGAGAGAAGAAAAUUGCAGUAAUGUAAAGAGACCUUCCAUCUGCUCCUGCAGAGGUUUGGCGAGCUUAUGAGGAAAUUGUGGAAUCCCAGGAACUUCACAGAGCAUGUACGAGUAUCAAGAAAUUCUCUCCAAGCUGUUGUAUCGUGGAGUUAAAAGAGGUUUCAGUUCACUCAGCAGGGAGAUCCGAUAGAUUUUUUUGUCUUUGGUUUCUGAUUGCCCUUGAUUGAGCAUUGGAUGGUAUUAAGAAAAAUGGCAGUUCAAUAAUCUACGGAAAUUGAGACGGAAUCGCCCCUUUUUGUAUCUAUCUUGCGAUCUACGGCCUUCGCCAUUUUGUUUAUCGAUGAAUUUCUGAGAGAAUAAUAUAUCAUUCCUCAGGUAUGCAUUUCAAAGCGUUAUGUUAUAAUAGGAGUGUAUGUAAUAAUUUGUGAUUUGUAGGUGAAUUUGUAUCGACUCUCAACGAAAUUCAACGGGCAAACCGAGAAGGAAUACAAAACCAUAAAAGGAAAAUUUCAUGAAGAAGUGCGAAAUAAGUGUAUGAAUUGAGAUCGACACAAUGAUUUUACUCCUGUAACGUUUUUGUAUAUUAAUAUUUUGUCUCUAUUUUGUUGCAUUUAACGGUAGUGAGUUUAUUGUAAGAAAAUAAAAAUAUCGUUGAAAGUGUUUUGUUUUAUAUAUUUUGAAAUCGUCAAUUCCAACCAGUUUUCAUGUAAUUAGCAAUUAAA